GCUUGUGCUAGGCUUUCGCAUACAUAGUACCAUCUACUCCAUAUAAGAUUGGUUCUUCGCAGUAUUCCGGCGAGCACAGCUCACAGGCUGCUGGAGGUAGCUACUUGCGUCCGUACGGCUCCAUCGCCUGCACACUCGCAGCCUGGCAGCGGAGUACGACAAGACGGCAGCGACUCAGUUUCAAACGCUCUCAUCAGCAGUUUCGAUGCAAGCCGUGGAGCACUCAUGCUCCAGGAGCAGAGGAAGCGGCUCCGCCAUCGACCUGAUCGCCUCUCCUACUUCGGGCACUGUUUGUACAGCUACAUCGAGCAUUCCGCCGAGCGGCGGCAUCCUGAACAAUGCGCACGAGGUCCCAAAGCGAAAAAUUGGCGCGGAUAACAAGGGGGUGGCCGCAGCGCUCAAAGGCAUGUUCAAGCAUUCUCACUCGGGCAAGCAGGUCAAGGUCGCACCAGGCUCUGGGCCGCUGGGAAAGACAUUUGAACGGACGCAGCCACUUCCGGCCGAAAAGGUCAAGGAGAUCAAGGGCCCCGAGGUGCUAGCAUUCGACCCGAGAGCUCAAGAUGCGAGCAUCGGCAACGGCAUCAUCAUCAGUCCCACCUUGCUGAUGAAGAGCAGCGGCAGCCCAGAGCGAAACCAAGCGAAUCGACCUUCACCCACAGUGGCAUCCGCAGGGGCGACCGAUACGAAUCAGCUCAGCGAAGAUGGCCCCGCUAGUCCCAACCGGCUAGGCAGCACGAGUGGCGAAGUUGAAGAAUCUUUGCCUUGCAGCACUUCUCAGUCCGAAUCAGAAUUCAGAGAUGAAGCAGCUGAUCGGCCGUCUUCAACCAAGGGUGGCAAUGGGUCACACACCACAACAUCGGGUUAUCAAGGCGGUGAUUCCUACGGACGGCAGCCAAGUGCGAUCUCCCAAACCUCGACUACUAUCAGCAACGUCCCGGCUACUUCUAUUGACAGCGGUACACGCAGAAGCGAAUGGCCAUCGGCGGGCGCUUCAAUCCGGUUCUGCCCCUUACCCGUGUCGGGGCGGCUGAAGCGAGCCAACUCGAUCACGAUUGGCGUCGCAGCUCGCUCGCACCUUUUGCAAUCGCAAGGAUCUGCGCGACAGAACUACGCUGUCGUGCCUCCGCAUCAACAGCAGCAGCAUAGCUGGGUCCCUUUUGAGCAGAAGUCGCCGCAUCAGACGCAGGCGUUGAGCAGCCCGCAGGGAAAGGACGACAUCGUCGGCGUCGGAGAGUUGAUGCAAAGGGGGGCGAUGAAGGCAUGGCGCAAGAUGCGACGACGCAGCGCGAGUCGGGACAGCAGCACCUCGGCUUCGGCAGCGAAAAACUCUUCUGUGGCGGCGGGGACGACCAUUGGAAAAGAUGACACGGUGGUGGGCAAAGCUGUGGAGAACAAGGCUACCGUUGCGGCAUCAUCAGGGAAAGAAGGUGGUGCUGACGAUGAGCAUGAAGCUCAAAGCGGAGGGAAAACCCCACGGCGAACUGCAUCUCCCCCGCGCCUGUUACACAUGCCACCCGCAACAUCGGCAGCAGAAGCGGAUGGAAUGCACACACCGCAAGGUGCUGUGGGUACAGAGGACGGAGCGCUAGCGCACGAUGAUGCCAUACCGCACAUCACCCGGCGACUCUCUACCGGCACCUUUCUUAAGGAUGCAUCGCUGCGCCAGAUCCAGGAAACGCGCCGUCGCGAACUGCUCGGCGACGAGGAGGGCAUGGUGCAUGCUCACGGCGACAAUGGCGCAAUGGGCCCCGGAGGCGGCGAUGCGCAUGAUGCCACACUCGUCCCGGAGCAUGAAGAGCACAAGGAGCAGAGAGGCUGGAUCUCCGGAUACAUCCCGCGUGAGCUGUGUGGGCUCACCCUCCCUGGUCCUGGAAAAUUCGAGGAUGGCUUGCGCGCGAAAGCGCCGGCCGCCGUCGCUCGCCGCGCCAACAGCGCUGACUCGGACCAGUUUGUCGAUGUGCGCGAAGAAGGCUCUGGGGGCGGAGCGGAAGGGGAAGAGGGGGAGCGCGACGACGAGAAGGAGAACGACGAUGGUGAAAGCGACGACGACACCAACAACGAUGACGAGACGCGUGAGGCAGAGAAGUUGGCAGAACAGGCGAUUCCAAUCCACUCCAGCAAGGCCAUGAAAACUAGCGGGAUCGAAAAGAUUGAGCGGAGGAAAGCAUGAGCUUGCAGCGGCAUUACACUGUACAUUCUCUCUGCAUUUAUACCCACUAGCUCAGCCACUUCUUUUUGCCAUCGCCACCAGUCAGCGACGACCCUCAGGCCAUCAGAAACCCAAAGCUGAUACGCAUACAUUGCCUUGGCAAAAAUAAUUCUGCAUGCAUGACGGUGCCCAACCCUGCACUUGUACAUAUCUACAUUACCGCAUUGCCGAGGCUCUUGGUGGCUCAUGAGAUACUACGUCG